AAAUUAAUUUGAUUUAAUUACGAUAUUUAAUAUGAAAACUAUUCGUUAUUAAUCUAGAUACUAAAGUAUAUUAAUGUUUAGAUAUUGUAAAUAUUAAAUAAAUUCGAAAAGUAUAAAUUAAAAAAAAACUUUGUGAAUAUAAAAGCGUUGAUAUUUCAAUAAAUUUUUCUUUUUGAUUUAAAAGUUAAUAUAAUGAUAACUCAAUAAAUGGAGCAUUAAAAGUGAAUGAAUGAAACAUUUAGUUGAUACAAGUGUUUAACGUUCACCUGUUAGUACUUUUCUUUAAUUAAUAACAUUUUUUGCAUAUCGUGCUAGCAUUUGAAGCAAAUUAAUCACAUUCAAAUUGGAAGUAAUUAAAUAAAAAAAAUGUCAAAAGUAUCGUUUUUAAUAGUGUUCAGUGUGACGAUAUUAUUUGUUACAGUUACCAGUUUUCAAUUAUGUAAAAUAUCAUUACCAAGAACACUAGAAGUUACUAAAAAAACUGCCAAUACAACGAUUAAUGGAAUUAUUGCAUCAUUUAAUGAAAGUUACACAAAUACUUUGAAUAAAAUGAAUGAAAUUGGAGAACAAUUGAUAAAUAAAUCGAUUGAUUUUGGACAACAGAUACAACGACAAUUGGGUAAUUUAUUAAAACAGAAAGAAAAUGAAUUGGAGAAAUUAAUGAAAAGAGCUGAUGGAGUUGAUAUUAAAGAAUGUACGAAAAUUUCUAAAAACCUUGGAGUGAUUGCUCUCGCAACAAUGUCCAAUGUAAGCAGUUGUAUUGUUGAUAAAAUAGAACUUGGAGGCAGUUAUAUUGAAAGUUUAUCUAAAAUCGCCAAUGAUGUCCUGAGUCUACCAAACCUCAAGGAUAUUCUUCAUUGUCCCAAAAGUGUCACUGAUACGAUUAAAUGUGUAAAAAAUGCUGGAUCUAAUGCUGCUUGGAUCGGGACUCAUAUUAUACCCGAUGUUAUUAGUCGUAUCGGAAAACUGUCAAUUCUAAUGGGUGAGUUGCCUGUCAGUGUGCCGUCUUGUGCAGUUUCACAUGGAUAUAAUACCUUCACUCAACAAUAUGAAGACAUGUCUAGAAAAAUCAACAAUUGUGUUGAUAAAAAAAUGGCUGAAAAUCCAAGUAGGACUGAAAAGAAGUGAUAACAAUUUCAAUCAUAAUAAUUAAAGAUUUGAUCAAUUGUAUAAGUGUUUUAAAAAAAAA